AGUUUGGCUUCGAUCGUGGGACGCAUUGGAUGUGCUCGGUGCAUCAUUACGUUAAUUCGUCUCAUACGAACCGUGUAUUAAAUCCAAAACAUUUCUCUGUCAGCUGAGUCCGUUAAAAAGAAAUAUUUGGCUUUUCUAUCGUAAAGGUUCCGUGACUAAAGUGCGCGUAGGGUCGUGCAAUUGACCAAACGAAAAGGUAUCUUAACCCGUGAAAAAGUGCCCAAUUACCAUUUCAUUGACCGUACCUCGAUGACAGUUGCCGCUCUUGCAAUUUGAUUUUAUUUCCUCGGAUUCUUUUAUUUUUCCUGUUUUAUAUAUUUUCUCGUGUACAAUUUAACUUGGUGAAUGUGUUUUAUUUUUCCAUUUGGGACUUGUCUGUAUUGAAUUUAUAAGUUUCUUGCCAUUCAUUUUGGCUUCACUCUCGCAAACUAUUAUAUGCUUCGGGGCUCUUUUCUAUGUUCCACCGACUCUGGGUAUAUUUCUGUUACAUCUUCUUGGGUUUUUAGUGCUGUGUGUGUUGUGCAUGAGGCUUUUUCAUUGAGCGUCCAAAAAGGCGUAAGAAAUACAUAGUCAAGACGAAAAAAUAACACAACCAAAGAAAUAACAUAAGUGAAUGAGGCAAAAAAAAAGUAAAAGAGGCAAAUCAUUUUGUGAAAUAAAACACUCUGUAAUUAGUGUAGUGACAGUGUAAAUCGUAUAUAUUGAGGCACUCUGUGAAGUUCUUGGUGUCGUCUGGGAAUUGUGAUUAAUUCGAAAUAACUUGGCUGGAGGAGCACGCAAGCAUAAGUGUGAUCAAAAAUAGAGUACCAUCUGAAACGAGUGCAGAAGACAGGAGUUCUUCCUUAAUAUACAGAUAAAGGCCAUAAAUUGUGCAAGGAAAAAGAGUCACAAAGGCAAGAGAAAUGAGUGAAAAUCCUGUAAAAAUGCACAAGUUGGUACUUUGGAAGCUUAUACCCUGCCUCAUGGUACUACUCUUGCUGGUUGAUACAGCACAGAGUGACUACGAGAAUACGUGGAAUUUCUAUUAUGAGCAGCCGUGCUGUGGGAACACCAAUGGACAGCAUCAUUUGAGGCAUCAUAGAGAUCAUGUCAGAGAAUUUAGCUGUGGAAAAUUGUACUACAGAACAUUUCUACUGGAUGAAAAGAAGGAUGUUCUCUACGUUGGUGCCAUGGAUCGUGUAUUUAAGCUUAAUCUCAAAAAUAUCAGCUUAUCCGGCUGUGAGAAGGAUCAUAUUGUGCUGGAACCAACAGGAUACGACACCACGAAUUGUGUAUCAAAAGGCAAAAGUCAGCUCUUCGACUGUCGAAAUCACAUCAGAGUCAUUCAAUCGAUUGAAGAGGGAACACGACUGUAUGUUUGUGGAACGAAUGCUCACAAUCCCAAAGACUAUGUUAUUUAUUCCAACCUGACACAUCUGCCACGUUCUGAGUAUGUUCCAGGCGUUGGGACGGCAAUUGCAAAGUGUCCGUAUGAUCCAUUGGACAAUUCCACAGCGAUUUACAUUGAAAAUGGAAAUCCCGGAAAUCUUGCAGCUUUGUACUCUGGUACAAAUGCAGAAUUUACCAAGGCGGAUACAGUGAUUUUCCGGACAGAUCUCUACAACAUGACAUCGGGCAAGAGGGAAUACAACUUCAAGAGGACACUCAAAUAUGACUCAAAAUGGCUCGACAAGCCAAACUUUGUUGGAUCAUUCGAUGGAGGAGAAUACGUAUACUUCUUCUUCCGCGAAACUGCAGUGGAAUACAUAAACUGUGGCAAGGCUGUCUACUCGAGGAUAGCGCGUGUGUGCAAGAAGGAUACGGGUGGCAAAAAUAUCCUGAGUCAAAACUGGGCGACAUACUUAAAAGCCAGGAUCAAUUGCAGUAUCUCUGGCGAAUUUCCAUUUUACUUUAACGAAAUCCAAUCUGUCUAUCAACUGCCAAAUGACAAGACCAAAUUCUACGCCACAUUCACCACCAGCACUAAUGGACUCGUAGGCUCUGCCGUCUGCAGUUACGACAUUAAUGAGAUUCACGCAGCUUUUGCAGGCAAAUUUAAGGAGCAAGCAACAUCAAAUUCAGCCUGGUUGCCAGUGCUCAAUUCGAAAAUUCCUGAACCACGGCCUGGCACAUGUGUCAAUGACACAUCAACCCUUCCGGACAACGUACUUAACUUUAUCCGCUCACAUCCAUUGAUGGACAAAGCCGUCAGCCACGAACACAAUAAUCCCGUGUUCUACAAGAGGGACUUGGUGUUCACGAAACUCGUUGUGGACAAAAUUAAAGUUGAGAUACUGAAUCAGGAGUAUACAGUUUACUACGUGGGAACAAACAACGGACGCAUUUACAAAAUUGUACAGUACUACAGGAAUCUCGAGUCCAAAUCCAAGUUAUUGGACAUUUUCGAAAUUGCCCAGAAUGAGGCUAUUCAAGUGAUGGAGAUCAGUCAAUCUAGAAAGUCACUGUACGUCGCAACAGAUCACCGUAUCAAACAAAUCGAUCUGGCUAUGUGCAACCGAAGGUACGACAACUGCUUCAGAUGCGUCAAGGAUCCGUACUGUGGCUGGGACAAGGAUACGGGAACCUGCAAGCCUUACGAACUGGGACUCUUACAGGACGUGGGCAAUGAGACUUACGACAUCUGCGACACGAGUGUAUUGAAGAAGAAAAUUGUGGUGACUUAUGGUCAGAGUGUUCACUUGGGGUGUUUUGUCAAGAUCCCCGAAGUCCUGAAGAAUCAACAAGUUACAUGGUAUCAUCAUUCGAAGGAGAAGGGACGCUAUGAGAUUAAGUACAGUCCAACCAAGUACAUCGAGACAACAGAACGCGGACUGGUGGUGAUUUCGGUCAACGAGGCCGAUGGGGGCCGGUACGACUGCCACCUGGGCGGUUCAUUGCUCUGCAGUUAUAACAUCACAGUGGAUGCACACAGGUGUACUCCGCCCAACAAGAGUAAUGACUACCAGAAGAUUUAUUCAGACUGGUGUCACGAAUUCGAAAAAUAUAAAUCAGCAAUGAAAUCUUGGGAGAAGAAACAAGCGCAAUGUUCAUCGCGCCAAAACUACAGCAAUCAACAUCCGAAUGAUGUUUUUCACAGAAAUCCCAACGUCUGAUACUGAGGCGUCAUAAGUACUUAAAGAUUUUCUCCCGCGAAAAAAGAACUGAUAGAUCAUAAGAUUUGAUCACAGAUUUAGAACCAUAAGAGAGCAUAUAUACAAAUCACCCAAUUUUAGUAUCAACGUGGAGAAAUACGAAAGAGAUGGAGUUAAAUUGAUCGAGUGAAAGUGAGGAUGUUGUGAGAAAAAUAGUUUUUUCUUUAGUUUAGAAAAUUUAAUAAUUUUGAGUUUAAAUAAAAAUUGAGAUAAUGUGAAAGAAAAUAUUGUAUGGAAAAAAGUGUAAAAUUAGAAACAACGUAUUAGAUCAGAAAAGAGUAACAAUUGACGUGAAUAACAAAAAAAACAGAUGUAUUUUAAAAAGAAUAAAAAUUAAAGAAUAAAAACAAAGAAUGAGUGUGAGAGAUAUAUUUUUAUUACACUUAAUGGAUAAAAGCAAUAUUUUUAAUUUGUUCAAUAGAUGAGAGACAGAAAAAUAAUUUCGAUGUAAAAAAAAUAAGUGAGAUGAAAAGAAAAAAAUGUUUCUUGAGAAAAUGUUUAAACUCGAAUUUAACGCAUUAGUUACGGGAUUUAGACACGUGAAAAAGUAGACUAGCUUUUUUACAGAUAAAAUAUUUCAUUUUUUUUAAAUAAAUUACUUUUUGUAAUUUUUUCUUUUUGAUCAUCUAAUAUAAAAAUUAUUAGUAUUUUUAUGACGAUUUUUAUAAAUAUCGAGCUUCUAUUCUUCAAUUUUAUUCAUUUUUUUUUUAAUCAAAAAAGUUUUUCUUUUGGAAUAAUUUUGAGAUAUUUCUGACAAAAUAUACAAAAAAAACGAAAAUAACAUUUUAUAAGGAAUCAACUGUUUAUGAAAAAAACAAUUAUAUUGCCACCAAUUUUUAACUGUAAAUACCUUACAAAUAUUUUUUCGUUGUACUGUAUUCAUGGGAGGAUUAGUGGAAGCUAACUAUAAAAUAAAGAAAGAAAAUAAAUAAAUAAGUUAAAUUUGUUCUGUAAGAUUAAAUCUUAAUAAGUAAGAAUAUCUGUACAUUAAGGGCUUUGACAGAUGAUAAAGUGACACGAAGAUACUUUAUAGACAUAAGCAAUAAUAGGAAUUUCAUGUGACUUUUUGAGUUAUCCUGAAGCUCUGUACGAAAGAAUUAUAAAAAAAAAAUACAGUAAAACAAUUUGUAUUAUUUCCCACUUAGACUUAAUAAAAGAGAAAAAAAAUCUUUUAAGUAUUGUGAAAUGAAUAAAAAAAAACCCUGGGAGAUUUGUCAAUCCUUCUAACUCCUUUUGUCAUAACUGUCACAUUUGAAUUUUUGAAUUGCGUUCAACCAGUGGACACUGUGAUAAAUUUUUGGAAUUGUCUUUAUCAGUUCAUGUAAAAACUACUAUAAGAAAUAGUUAAAUUAAAACGCACAUUGACUUUCAUUACAAUAUACUUUUAAAGAAUUCUUUAGAAAUACUUUAAAAAAAAAACAACCUCAAAUAAUUUUGUGACAUGGAUUUUGUUGAUUGAUAAAUCUCUCAAAACUUGUAACUUUCUUCAAUAUAUAAACGCAGAAAACAAUCAACUUAGAUUAAGAGAAAAGAGAAAGGAAUGAUAAUAAUCAGACAAAAUGAGAGGUAAAUAAUUUAAAAGAAAAUGCUACUAACUCUAUUAAUCAUUCUGUGUAUUAAAACGAAAAAGAUGGAAACAAUGUAAUAAACAUUUGUGAGAGAAUCUGCUCUUUUUCUCUGUAAUUUAACACAAACACAUAACAUGAACACAUUUAAUUAUUUUUCUUUUCUUCCAAAACAAGCUGAAAAGAAGAUUUUUUGAAUAAAAAAAAGAAAAUAAACGGAAAACUGAUGAAUUCGUAGAAAAAAAAUCUUGCAAAAUACGGAAAACCCUUGCACUGUAAAAAGCAUAAACUUUUAAUAUUCUCUAAAAAUUAAGUGCUUAAUUUUUACCUAAUUCACCGUACUUCAUAUUUUUUCUAUUUGUUAAUGUAUGAAUGUGGUGAUAGCCUGUGAAACAAAAAAAAACAGAAAUAAAAUAUCGAAGUGAAUUUGUUAUAAAAAAGAUGAGGAAAAAGAAUUAAACUUACUAGCUAUAUAAUAAACAUGAUGAAAAAGAGGUCAUAAAAGAGCAGUAGAGAAAAAAAAAUCGUGUAAAAUAGUAUUUAACAUGAAAGUGAAGAGAUAAUUUAAUAAGUAAAGAUUAAGAAAUAAAAUGAAAUAAUGACGAGAAACCCUGUAGCUUCUGCCAAUUUAAUGAAUGACAAGACAACACAACACGAAACACUACAUUUCUUAUAAAUUAAUUAUUGAUGAUAUAUAGCUGAAGUAAUUUAUAUAAAAGUUCUAUUGUAAAGUCAUCGGAAACACAAAUUGCAGAAAUUCUAUUAAGAAAUGGAAACAGAUAAGCAAAUCAAAGAAAAUCGAACAAAUUUCUUUAAAAAAUACAACUCCAAGUUCCAGUGUACACCGAAAAUUCGAAUCGUGUACAAAAGUAAUUAAGUUACUCUUAAAACAAAAUGAUUUAAAAUGAUUUAUUGCAACCUCAAAAUAUAUUAUCAUAAUUAAUCAUGACCAUUAAGAUGGAAAAUAACACACACAUACAUCAAGAGAACCAUAAAGUUUUAAAAAAAAAAGAUGGCAUAGUUUCUAAGUCCACUUCAAGACAAUUUCUAAAUAAAAGACAAAAAAAAUAACAAAAAAUAGUAAAUUUUCAUCUGCUCCACCAAACAAAACACAUCAAAUCUCAUAAAACAAUCAUUAUUCAAAUUUUAUGUAUAAAAAAAAUAUGCUAAAUGAGAGAGAAACCUAAAUAAUUAACACAUAAGAAAAUUUUUAAUUAAGAUUCUGUUCUGAAAACUUAAUUAAUUUUCAUCGUAACAUCAAUGGAAAUUAAAAUGAGAAAAUUCACUCAAAAAUAUAUUCUAAUUUUCUAAAAUUAUUACUUAAAUUUAUUAUUAGUUUUGAAGAGUAACUGAACGAAUUUUGCAUUUAUAGAUUUUUAUUUUAACAAAACCAUUUAUAAUUUGAUUAGAUAUUAAGUUAAAAAAAUAAAAUGUAUUUGUUUACUUAAGAAGGACAGAACCCAUAAAAACAUUAGAUAAUUUUUCAUGAAUUAAUAAAAAGUUAUAAAAUAA